AUGCCGUGAGUAUUCCGUGCCAGUCAUUGGUUCAUCCACACCGCAUAAACUUUUACUGAUUAACCCCGCCUUUGCAGCACAACUAUCACGAUCGAGGUAUGCACAAUUCGUUGUCCAAUUCCAUCUAGCACAUACAUAAUAUCUCGGCGCGGCUCUUCCACGCACAAAAUGCCAUUGUGUCCAAUUUACUUUUUUUCUGGCUGAAUUAUAUUGUUGCGAAUAGUCGAGGGGUAGACAAGAGUGAUUGACAAGGAUAUUUUCACUCCCACCCAGCAUUCCUGCUGCGGAGAUAAAAAUAUCUCGAUUGUGCUGCUGUCAUAUAUCUGCCCAGAUUGGACGAAGCCGUCUACCUCGCUUUAAGCUUCAAGAUGGUUGCUGGUGGUCGAUUUCCGGUUCCAUUCCCUCUCGUCAUCUUUGUUUACUUUCAUGAUCAUAGUCCUUGUCUGCUUACCAAUUGAUUAGUCCAACUCACAACAUUCACAACGAUCCGCAUCUAACAGCUCGUCCCGUUCUACCUCUCAAUCAGAGGAUUCUUACACCGACGAGGAAGGGUCAGGAGUUCGAGGUAUGUUUUCUUCAUCAGUGGCUGAAUCAAUUUAACUUUUUUUAAUAGCUAACCGAAAUCCAGUUCCUUCCCAUUAUUCGGACGAAGACGAGUCCUGGGAGCUCUACGACGCUGACGAGGCAAUUUCUCCAUCAGAAUCCGCAUCUCGUCCAACAUCACGUCCAAGAUCUGGUCCAAGAUCUGGCCCACGAUACAGACAGAGCGAAAGUCGUCCGCCUGCUCCAAGACCUACACGACGACAUACCACUCCUGAAAAACCAGCAAGUCGCAGACCAGUAGCAUCUCGCGUUCAUCGGCACCCCGUGCCAGCGCCACCAUCCAGCGUGGACCCCUCAGAGGACUAUCCGGCCUAUGGCCGAGGUUACCCUGCUGCACAAGCACUACCUCAGCAAUUCGGUGGCAGGGGACCUCAGCCAGGCUACGCUCCCAGUGCUUUUUCUGGUCCUCCUAGUCAAUAUGCACCCCCAUUUGGUGCUGGAGCGUUGACCCAGUAUGGUCAGCAAUCGCCUUUCCAAUAUGCCCCUCCCCCAGGAAACCCAUUUUCUCCACAGCCUACCCCAGCUCCUCCAGGAGCUGGAUACUUCAAUCAACACCCAAAUCAACAUCAGCACCCAAACCAGCAUCAACAUCCACAUCAGCAGUCCAUGUCUCCUAUGUCUCCUAUGUCUAACCAUGGCGCCCCGGGAGGAUAUGGUAGCCAUGAAAUGAUGCCAUAUCCUCAGCAUCAACACGGGCCUUUCCAGGGUCAUGGAGGUCCUGGAAGCCCUGCUGGUCCUGUUGGUUAUCCGGGAUAUCAACAGCAGUUACAGCACAUGCCACCUCAUGGAGCUUCUCCUCAGCACAUGUACCCAUAUGCGAACGUUCCCCAAUGGCCACCUCCACCGCCGAGUGAGCCAUCGGUGGUACCUGAUCCUGAGACAGAGAAGAAGCUUGUAGCAAUACAACAACAAAUGGAGACCCAAAAGCUUGCAUACGAAGCAGCUCAGAAAGAGAUUGCGGAUAGGAAGGCAAAAGAUGCUGCAGAUCUUGCUGCUGCUGCCGCGGCUAAGAAAUCUGCAGAGGAAAAGGCUGCUUGGGAAAAGAUGAUUGCAGAUGAGAAAGCAGCACUUGAAAAGAGGAAUGCAGAAGAAAAGGCGGCCUUGGAGAAGAAGAACGCUGAAGAUAAAGCCGCUUUAGAGAAGCAACUCGCGGAAGAGAAAGCAGCAUGGGAAAAGAAGGUGGAAGAGGAAAAGAAAACUGCCCGUGCUCAAGGUGCUGAGAAUGUUCGAAAACAAGUUGAGGCCGACCGUAAGAAAGCAGAAGCAGAAGCAGCCGAGGCAGCAGCGAAGGCCAAAGCAGCGAAAGAGCUUCAGGAUCUCAAGGAUGCAGCAGCAGCGGAGCAGAAGAGGCUUAAAGAUGAGGCCGCUGCGGAGGCAAAAAGACUGAAGGAAGAGGCCGCGGCUGAGAACGAAAAGAUCAAGAAGGCUGCUGCAGAAGAGUCUGAAGCACUCAAGAAGGCAGCCGCGGAAGAAUCCGAAAAGCUCAAGAAGGCUGCCGCAGAAGAGUCCGAGAAGCUCAAAAAGGCCGCCGCUGAAGAGGCCGAAAAGGCACAAAAAGAGCACGAUGCUGCAAUCGCAAAGGAAGUUGCUGCUAGAGCACCAGUACCAGAGGCUCCGAAGAAACCACUUAGGUUCAAGGAUGCCGUUGGCCGGAAGUUCAGUUUUCCAUUUCAUUUGUGUGCGACGUGGGCAGUAAGUGAUACUUUAUCUUUUUGAAUGGCAACUUGACUGACAUACAUCAAGGGCAUGGAGGAGUUGAUCAAGCAGGCGUUCCUUCACGUUGAAGUAAUUGGACCACAUGUAGCCGAGGGUCAUUAUGAUCUGAUAGGGCCUAAUGGGGAAAUCAUUCUUCCCCAAGUUUGGGAGACUAUGAUUGAACCUGACUGGGCAAUUACCAUGCAUAUGUGGCCAAUGCCAGAACCUCCAAAGGCUCCGGAACCAGGUCCUCAGCAGGGUACCCCCUUUCCUGGCGGUCAUGGACAUCGUGAUUCAGAGCGACCUCGAAGUCGACAUGCCCAAAAUAAUGAUCCCCGACGUCCACCAAUUCCACCAGGUGGUGAGCGUAGGGGACCUGGGCCUGGACCUGGACCUGGACCAGGACAGCACGGCCAUCCGCCUCCACCACCAGCAGGUCCUUGGCCUCCUCCACACAGUGGGCGCCCUAUGGCUGACCAUCCUGGAGGGGCUCCUGUUAUCGUUUUAGGGCCUAAUGACAAAACGAGCUCCAAGAAGAAAAAGCCGCCACCAAGAAGUUCCUUAUUAUCUGCAUUCCUGGGAGUUGGUGCGCCGGCCAAAUCUUCGGGAAAAGGCAAGUCCGUUACCACUUAAGCUCACUAUGAUCUGGACAUGAAGCUGAUCUACUCAGGAACAAAAAAAGCUGAACAAGUCGACUCAUGUCAUACCAUGUAGAUCUCUACUAAUGGAUGCCUAAUAACAACAUCUCUGCGCCUAUAACCCCGUUCUCACGAAAUAGAUGACAGGGUUUUUAUUAAUUUUGAAAAGAUCACGAGGAAAACAAAAAGACGAAUGAAUUGAACCGGGCAUACUUUUCCACUACCAUGAGGGAUGGAUUCGCGAGGUUAUUUAGAUCUUGAGUAUAUCAUAUCAUCAUGCCCUGGAGUUCUUUAGGGGGUUCCCAUUUUUGGGAGGAAUACCAUCUGGUUUAGCAUUUCUUCUUGUUUUGUUUCCUUUGGAAUCUUUUUGAAUUUUUGAAAAAGCUUCCGACUCAUUUCGGGGAUGGGGUACGUUUGGUUCAUGGAGUGUUGGAAUGAAUUUUGUGGAUGUUUUAUUGGUUGGAUACAUGAAUCAUUUUGUUCAGGAGAGGCAGUCUUUUUCCCAGCUCACAAGGCUGGGUUUUAUCUGUUCUCACCAAAAAGGGGUUAGAAUGGUGGUGGUUCAUUUUGUCGAUGUUUGAUUUUUCUUGUUUGAUUUUUGUUUUGAUGUUUGUUUGGCGAUUAAGCGACUCUUGUUUUUGGUCCUGUCUGCGAUACCUAGCUCUCUUGCGCUUCGAUAUACGUUAUUUCUUCUCUCUUGGCUUCCUCUAUUGUAAGCGGGUUUCAGUACUCGGAUGCCUAUCUCGGAAACGGUAGGCAGGAUGAUUGGAUCAUGUGGGCAAGGGAAAGGGAAAGGAAGGUAAUAACUUUUGAAGGCGCUUCCAUUCCGUAUCAUCUUAUGUUGUUCAUAUGGAUGGGAUGGGGGGACUGGUUAGGUGGCUUGGAAAUAUUUUGGAAAGGGAUGGAGGGGUGGAUUGGAUGGUCUCUCGGGGAGAGAUGGAAUUUUUGAUUUGAGUUCAGUUUGCAUUUUAGUAUACCUCGUAGAUCGUUUUUAGCAUGCAAAAUGCCUUCUCUCUUUUUAUGGCUUUUUAUGUGAGUGAUGUCUUGAAAAUAGUUAAUCGGAG